GCAAUCAUGAAUCGCAGAUCGAUCAUCGCCGGGAGCAACGGGGGACAGAGGUCACGGUGUGACGCUUCUCACAGACUGUUAUCGCUGGCAGCGAUGCGGCUGGCAGCACUAUUGGCGACGCCCACAUCCACGUACAUCUUCCAUUUAGUUAUAUGCCGGGCGGAGACCAGGCACAACGGCCUCCGUGCGGAAGCGAUGCCUGCUCAGAUGGCCGGGUGGCGCACGGUGGAUAGGGCCAUCCACACUCGCUUAGCAAGUGCACACUGGCGCGCUGAUGCGGUGUGCAAGCGAGCCUUCUGUGCUUCUACUUGGCAAUUUUGCGGCUUGGACCCCUUCCUCCAUUUAGCAUCGCCGUUCUGCGCUUGCCUCCCCCCACGACGUGCUGGCUUCCACUCCCUGCUCAAUUCCUGCCAGCCCUCUGCCCGAGCCAGACGCCGGGCGUCGACGGAGUAUUGGAGUCAGAGCAUGCCGCCCGCGAGUGGGUUCGGGGCCCUGCAACUCAUCCUCAGCAUAUCCGCCGCGUACCUCAACCUGGUCCUUUACACCUGCGAGCUCGUGCUUGCCGUACGCUACCUCCGACGGAAGCACCCCACCCCACCCCGGCCCAUGCACAAGGCCGCCGUCAUUCUGCUCCUCCUUUCCGACACCGCAUCGACCUUCACGUUCUGCUUCACGGGCAUUCGCACGGCGCUCAAUGGACCACUCCCCGAGAUACUCCCGCGCAACAUCGGGCGCUUUUUCGGCCCGUUUGCGGUCGUGAUCACUACGACGUACCUCUCCGGCGCAAUCGAGCAGCUAUUCCUCUGCAAUUUGUUCUUUGUCCUCACGCGCAACCGCCCCGUGAGCCUCCUGCUGCUAUUGAUGACUGCGGUGCACCUCGGGUUUGCGUGGGCGACAGGGAUCGUCGCGGCCGUAAGGCAGAGCACACAAGGAGUAGCGCUGAUGACGGCCAGCGUGGGCGCGAUCAUGUGCGCCGCAACGGACAUUGUCAUUGCGGUCGGGCUCGGCUGGAAAUUCCUCGCGAUGAUGCGCGAUACGCCAGAGGAGCAUUCGAUCAGGACCCUGCUUUAUAGAAUCCUCAUGCUCACCGUCUGCUCUGGCGCGCUUGUCGCAGGCAACACCCUCAUCGCGAUGAUCCUCCUACUCAACCACUCCCUCGCAUUCACAUUCUUCUUCACGUGCCAGGGGCGCGUCUACGCGCUCACCCUCCUCGGCAACUUCCUCAUCGGGAUCCCCGCGCAGCGUCGGCGCGUCGGCCCGCCCACGAUCAACGUCGGCACCGGCUCGCACUCGCUGCCCAUCUUCCGCACCACCGCUGGCGACGGCGACGACCACUUCGACACCGAGCUCUCGCCCACACCCACCGCUGCUCGUCAUGGUGACCCCGACCGCAAGUUCGCCCCCGCCGGUGCGCCAACGCUGCCUUACAUCACUGCGCAGGCGGCCACGUCCCAUUCGCUCCACCUCCCCGGGAUGAGCAGCGUCGACAACAGCAGCUCCGGCUCCGACUCCACACCGUCCGCGCACACCAAGUCCAAGGCCGCCUCGUCGGGCCGCAGCUCUGGCUCGCUCGACCAUGAGCGGUGA